UUCACAGUAACAAUUGAGCUACAGAGGACCAAAAGUUAACACUUUUUAAUUCCCAUACACUUACUGUAGAGCUAUAUUCCUCUGGGCUCGUCCACAGCUGUUUAGCCCAUCUAAAAUUAACCUCACUCUCUACUGGACUGUAGUUCCCGAAGCCUUUUUAUGGUCUGAGUGUGCCAUCAGACCCGUCAGGAGAGAGAGAGCACAUCUAGGGACCAGCUUAUGUCUCUGUCCAAGAUCACCCCAAGCCUUUUCCUGAGUGGAGCCGAUGCCCCUCUCAAUCGAGCCCUCAUGACUCGUAAGGGCAUCACCCUCAUCGUAAACGUCACCCUGUCCCACAGCUGCCCGACAUACCCAGGAGUCGAGUGUGUACGUGUGGCUGUACCCGAUCUUCCCUCUGCACGACUGAGUGAGCACUUUGACAGAGUGGCAGCCCGCAUUCAUAAUAACCAAGCGGGUGGAACAUUGGUGCACUGUGCAGCAGGCAUGAGUCGUUCACCGGCUCUCGUCAUGGCCUACCUCAUGAAGUACAAAGGAGUGACACUGUGCCAGGCACACAACUGGGUGAGGCAGAGCCGACCCUCGAUUCGCCUCAAUGCAGGAUUCUGGGACCAGCUUCUGGACUAUGAAAAGAGACUUUAUGGGAAGAAUACAGUGAAAGUUGCAGCUCCAGUAGAAGUGCCUAAGAUGCCCAAAAUGAUGCCCAGACACAGUCUGAGAGAGUGUCCAAAAUCACCAAGGCUGAGCUGGUUUAGACGAUAGGACUGUAAUUUUUUUUUUACACUUGUCUGAGUGGCAGUGCCUUCACAUUUUGUAAACAUUUGCUUAUGUAUAGCACUUAUUUAAUGUUGUGAUGAUAUAUUGUGAUAUUUUACCCACCUUAUAUUGCUGUUAUAAGCACUUUAAAGUAAAGUGAUGAAAAACAUCACUUCAGCAUGGAGUCGACUCUGAGUCAAAUGACUCGACUCCCUGGAAAGAGCAUCAUCCAUCAACUUUUAGUAGUAAAUAAUGAAAGCCAAAUAAAUCUACAUCACUGAUACAGUUAACUUUUUCUUCUUAUUAUUUUAUCCAAUAAUACUUUGGUGUUUUGUUCUUGUAUUAUUAUUAAAUACUAACUAAAUUCGUCCUCAUGUUUUCCGUUUCAAUGUUUUACCGAUGUGUCGUUCCCGAAUGAGUCAACUCAUU